CCUACCUAUCAUCGGGACCCCUCCAACGCGACAUCGACCAAGCCGAAACGCGCCUCGAGCCCGAUCCCGACCCCAUCCCCAUCCCCGAUCUUGCUUUGGACUGGACCUGAUCCUCGCCCUGAAGCGCCUGUCCCUUCUGCUGACACCAUGAUGUCCUCGUCAUCGGGCACCCCUGAGUCCUGGAUAUCCUCCUUCUGUUCACUCCUCGGCCACGAGUACUUCGCCGAAGUCUCGGAGGAGUUCAUCGAGGAUGAUUUCAAUCUUACCGGCCUGCAGACUCAGGUCGCCAUGUAUAAAGAGGCGUUAGAGAUGAUACUCGACGUGGAACCUGAAGAAGAUGACGAAGACGAAGAAGAAGAGGACGAAGAGGAAGAUGAGUCCAUCGAGGGUGUAGAGCGCAUGCGGCAUGGCGAACGUCGCAACCACAGCCGCAUCGCGAGCGACCUAUCUGUCAUAGAGUCCUCCGCCGAGAUGCUAUACGGUCUUAUCCACCAGCGUUUUAUAUGUUCGCGUGCUGGUAUCCAACAAAUGUCGGAAAAGUAUGAGCUUGGACACUUCGGCGUUUGCCCCAGGAGCCAUUGCGACCAAGCCCGCACUCUGCCCGUCGGCCUUUCUGAUAUACCCGGCGAGGAGACUGUCAAGCUCUUCUGUCCCUCUUGCCUCGACGUAUAUGUACCCCCUAACAGCCGUUUUCAAACUGUUGAUGGCGCUUUCUUUGGCCGCACAUUUGGCGCCCUGUUUCUCCUCACCUUCCCCGAAUAUGAUCUCACCAAGCGAGGCGCUGAUGUCUUAGCGGGCGCACGAGUUGCCGAAGACGACAAGGAGAUGUUGAACGGCAUGUACCGCUGUAACAUAGCACCAAGUCUGGGCAGAUCGAGGAUCUACGAACCUCGAAUCUACGGCUUCAGGGUAUCCGAGGUUGCUCGAUCAGGUCCUCGAAUGCAAUGGUUGAGGGACAAGCCAAAUGACCUGUCAGAAUUGGAUGAGGCACGACGCUUUGCCGAGGAAAAUCCGGAAAGCGAUGAUGACGACGAAAGCAUGAAUCUUAAUGGGAGGCCUGUACGUCGGUUGCGGCAGCGGAGACGGAACGGGGCAGGAGGUGGUGGUGGCGGUGGUGGUGGAGGAGGCAGCCCGAUGGAGACGAAUGGUGCCGAAUCCGAGCUCUAGAAAAACAUGAAAUACGCAUAUCAUUAUCAACCAAGCAUUUAAGGGUCUUCCACUCCUAUGACAGCAUGACCGUCUGAGAUCGAGACUGUGAAAGAUGAAAAUUCCAUGCGAAAUAUAGGGAAAUACCCCAAGUUCCGAUGAUAAAGGACAGGGUCGAGAGAAAUUAUAUACUUCCCUCACCCCCUCUAUAAUUGUGUGAAGAAAGGGGAUUGUUUAUCAUAACCCGUCCCUACCUACGCACAGUCACCGAAAUGAUGAAGGAGAAGGCAAAGAGCCCUCACUCAUGCGGGCGAGGGAUUUGGUAUAUGGCAUGGUGUGACGAGACAUGGAGGAGGCGAGGCGAGCGAGGUCAGGAGUGCAGUUGCAUGGAUGAGUCUGAAUGAACUUGAAAAACUUGAACUUGA